CAGUGAAGCAUGUUCCCAGUUGUCGUGAUUCUGUCUUGCAUCUGUGCUUGUGCAGUACCAGGAGCUGACUGCUCAGUAUGAGAAGAAGCAGAAGGAGCUGAAGAACCUGUGUGUGGAGGAGGCCCAGCUGAAGAGAGCUCAGAGCAUGAAGCUGGACAAGGAGUCCAAACAGAACAUCCGGAGACAGAUGAAGAAAGAGAUGAAGGAGCAGCACGUUCAAGACAUUCUGGGGCAGUGUAACCAAAUCCAUCAGAAGCGUGAGGAGAUGGCCGACAAAAUCCAAGAGAUCACCAGAGAGACGCUGCAGCUGAAGACCAAGAUCCAGAGUCUGAGAGACGUGUGCAGCAAAGAGACGGAGAAAGCUCAGGCUCUGUAUGACGCCGUGUCCACGUCAAUGGAUGAUUUACACAAAAGAAUCGAGAUGCACGUCGUGGACCUGAAACAUGAUUUCGUCAAGAUUUCUGCAAACUUUUAGAUGUUUCACUUUUCAUUCUCAUUAUUUGUAUUACUGUGUUACUACUUCUUUGUCAUGCUUUUACUGUGCCGACAUUUUGUUGCCUUUUUGACUAUUACUAUUUAAAAUGUUAAAAUAGAGUUUUUUACUAAACAUAAUCCCUUUCAUCUUUUGCUUUCAUUAGCUAAUGAAUUCCAUGUAUAAUCUAAAACGUCUUAUAUCAUAGAUUUUGCAAGACACUCGACCUGUGUUGACUUUGUUGCACUAGUGUGGUCUUGGGUUUGUACAUCUGAAGUAUUGUACAUAUUAUCAGUCAUAACCAAACUUUCUUUUAAGGUUGUAACAUUCAAAAUGUUUCACAUAAAAAACAAGAGAAUAAAAACCCCAA